AUGGAAUACCCAGGUUAUGGACUCUAUCAUGGAAAUCCUGAGUCAGAUCAAAUGCUUGAAGAUGCUUUACAUAUUUAUGAUCAUCUAGUUAAUGAACUAGGAGUCAGUGAGUCAGACUUGAUAGUUUUUGGUAGGUCAAUUGGUUCCAGUGCAGCUACUUAUCUGGCAAGACAUAGAAAUCCCUGCUGUCUAAUACUUAUGUCCCCUUUCAAAUCAAUCAGAGAUACUGCCAGAGAUUUAGUAGGAUGGUUACUUUCUAAGGCAAUCGCUGAUAGAUUUAGGAAUAUUGAUGUUAUAAGAGAUGUUAAAAGUCCUAUUCUUAUUAUACAUGGAUAAAAAGACAAAUUAAUCCCUUAUAAUCACUCUUAGGAUCUUCAUGAUGCUGCCAUUAACUCUCAAUAUUGUAAAUUAGUGUUACCUCCAUAAAUGGAUCAUAAUGACUUCAACUUUGAUGACGAUUUCGUGGAACCAAUUACGGAGUUUUUUAAGUAAAUUGGCCUAAGAUUAAACGACGUUAAUGAAACUUUUAGAGGUAUUAAAUUUUAGGAUGAUUACUAUUUUCCUCCCAAGUCAAUAGUUGACUAUGAAAAAAAGAUAGUUAAAAGCUCAAUCAUUUGGGAUAUAAUAGAGGAUAGAAAAAGAUAAGCAGAGAUUAGAAAAACAAAAAGCUAAAAAAUGUAUUUAAAUGGUGAUAUCGAUGAAUUGAAUGCAAUAAAUAAACUUAGCGUUACUCAAAAAAUGGAAAAAUUGCAUUCUAAACACGAGCAGAUACAAAAUAAAUUUAGGAUUUAGAAUCUUCCUAUCAAACGAAGGUCUGACUCUAAAAUCCUGCUUAAUAGACCUCAGUCUCCAUAUUAUAGUGCGAGUACUAUUCUUAAAGGAAAUUAAACAAUAGUUAAUGAAUAUUCUGAUUAACCCACGAAUACAAUUAAUAUGAGAAAGAUUAACGAAAAUAAUGCAAAUAAACCAAUUGGAAUCCCUAGUAAAGAAUUAAAUGAAAAAAUGCAGGAAAUUUUGAAUGAUGGAUAUAAAUGGGAUAAAUUGAAGACUGUAGGUGUCAGGAAAACUCAGGACAGAAUAUCACUUAAAUUCAAUUGA